AUGGCUCAACCACCACCUCCGCCGCCGCCGCAGUCCACUAUUUCCGCCACCACUAGCUCCGUACUUUCUUCCUCUUCCGAUUCCACUUCCCCCAGACCCUAUAUCGUACCGUUAGUCCUCUCUUCUUCAUCUUCGUCCGACAUGUUGAACUUUCUCUGGGUCGCCCUUUUGAUUGCUCUCGCCAGAGAGCUUACUGCUUCUGCUAAUGCUCAAUCAGAUGUGCCACUACUCUUGCCGAGUGAGUCAGACUCGUUUCCGAGAAUCCAGCGGUGCCCGGCAGCGGAUCCUCAGCUUAACUAUCGUCCGGUUAUAGGGAUUCUCAGCCAUCCUGGAGAUGGUGCCUCGGGCCGCCUGAAUAACGCCACGAAUGCAUCCUAUAUUGCUGCCUCGUACGUGAAAUUUGUGGAAUCAGCUGGUGCUAGGGUCAUUCCACUUAUCUACAAUGAACCCCGGAAGAUUCUAUAUGAAAAACUAAAUUUGGUUAAUGGAAUGCUCUUCACUGGAGGAUGGGCUAAGAGUGGUCUCUACUUCGAGGUUGUCGAGUCAAUUUUUAAGAAUGUUUUGAGCAAGAAUGAUGCGGGAGAUCAUUUCCCUUUGCUUGCCAUCUGCUUAGGAUUUGAAUUAUUAACAAUGGCUGUCAGCCAGGACAACAACGUACUGGAAAAAUUUAAUGCAGCAGAUCAAGCUUCUACAUUGCAAUUCAUGAGAAACAUAGAUGUUAAUGGAACUGUAUUUCAGAGGUUUCCUCCAGCCUUGCUAAAGAAGCUGAGUACUGAUUGCCUUGUAAUGCAAAAUCAUCAUUAUGGAAUAUCACCAGAAAAAUUUCUAAAAAAUGAGAAUUUAUGUAGUUUCUUUGAGAUCUUGACAACCAGUGAAGAUACUGAUAACAAGGUCUAUGUCUCUACAGUUAAGGCACACAGAUAUCCAGUGACUGCUGUUCAGUGGCAUCCGGAGAAAAAUGCUUUCGAAUGGGGCUUAUCAAUGAUUCCCCACUCAGAUGAUGCAAUUCAAGUGACUCAGCAUUUUGCAAACUUCUUUAUAGGGGAGGCUAGGAAGUCCAUGAACAGACCAUCUGCUCGAAAAGUGCUUGACAACCUCAUAUAUAAUUACAGUCCCACGUAUUGUGGAAAGGCUGGGAAGGGUUACGAUGAGGUUUAUAUUUUUGCAUAG